GCAUGAGAGCGGUUGAAUGACAUGAAUUGGGAGAGGGAUGUGGUGUUGCAGAUGAUGGGUGGUAUCCAGUCAGCCUCUGCCAUCUGCUGGUGAUACCUGACCAUCUUCCACCAUUCGUUGGUGACGCCAGGCGGUCCCCCGCCGCGGGUGAGUGACACCAGGCGAUCCUCUGUCGCCGGUCGGUGACGCCAGGUGGCCCCCCAUCGCUGGCCAGUGACGCCGGGCGACCCCCGCCGCUGGCUGGUGGCGCUCGGACGCUCCUGCCGCGAGCUGGUGACGCCCCCCUGCCGUCCUGCGUCGGCUGCUGGUGGCGGCGAUGAAGGUGAAGCACAAGCGGAGCGAGCCGGAUCCGGCGCAGGCUUCCACGCUGAGCCUGGACUCGGUGCGGGUGGCCGCCGAGAGCGUCGGCAUCUGUGGCGUGCCGGACGACGCCAUCCGCGAGCUGGCCGAGGACACCACCUAUCGGCUGCGGCAGAUAAUUCAGGAUGCCUACAAGUUCAAAGCUCACGGAAAGCGGAAGAAGCUGCUCCCGAUUGACUUCGACAAUGCUUUGAGGAUGCGAAACAUGGAGCCGCUGUACGGAGUGCAGAGCGCCGAGCACAUCCCGUUCCGGUUCACGUCUGGCGGCGGCCGCGAGCUGAGCUUCCAGGACGACAAGGACGUCGACCUCUCCGACCUGGUGUCGGCCCAGAUGCCCAAGGCGCCGCUGGACACCACCAUCAGAGUGCACUGGCUGUGUAUCGACGGCGUGCAGCCAGCCAUCCCGGAGAACCCGCCGCCGGUGGCGCUCGAUCACCAGAAGCAGGAGUCCACCAACCCGGCCAGCAAGAUUGGCAAGCCCGGCCACAGCCAGGCCAAGGCCGUGCCCAGCAAAAGCAAGAACCAGCGCGCCAAGACGAUCGAGACGGUGAGCGUCAAGCAGCUGGCGCAGCACGAGCUGUCGGUGGAGCUGCAGCUGUACUACAAGGAGAUCACGGAGGCGUGCGUCGGCAGCGAUGAAUCCCGGAGAGCGGAAGCGUUGCAGAGCCUGUCCUCGGACCCGGGCCUGCACCAGAUGCUGCCGCGCCUCUGCAAUUUCAUCUUCGAGGGCGUCAAGGUGAACGUGGUACAGUUCAACUUGGCGCUGCUCAUCUACCUGAUGCGCAUGGUGAAGGCGCUGCUGGAUAACCAGACGCUCUACCUGGAGAAAUACCUGCACGAGCUGAUCCCGUCGGUGGCCAGCUGCAUACUGUCGCGGCAGCUGUGUGCCAGGCCGGAGGCCGACAAUCACUGGGCGCUGCGGGACUUCGCCUCCCGCCUGCUGGCGCAGAUCUGCAAGAACUUCAACACGUCCACCAACAACAUGCAGACGCGUGUAACGCGCCUCUUCACCGGCUGCCUGCAGGGCGACAAGGCGCCCCUGGCUGCGCACUACGGCGCCCUGGCCGGUCUUUCCGAACUGGGGCCCGAGGUCAUCAAGGCCUUCGUCAUGCCGCAACUGAAGCCGAUGGGCGCGCGGCUAGAGCAGCUGGCUGAGGCGGCGACCAUCAGCCCUGCCGACAAGCUGGCCGCCACUCACCUCAAGCAGCUGUUCGCGCGGGCCCUGACGCCGCUGCUGAAGCAGCUCCGCUCGCCGCCGGACAUCCCAGACGAGUACCAAGCCGAGUUUGGCCACCUGGGUCCGCUGCUCUGCGCCUCUGUGGCCAAGGCGCGCUCUCAGACGAUGGCGCCGCCGCCGGCCGCCGGCGCCGCCUUUGGUGCCGCGCCCGGCACGCCCAAGCUGGCGCUGGCUGGCGCCGGUCAGACGGCCAGGAUCGCAGGCACGCCACAGCGCACCAUUAUCGUCAGCAACUCGCCGUCGGCGGCCGGCAAGGCGGCCACGACGGGCGGCGGCAAAUUCGUCAUCAUGGGCGGAUCGCGUCCGAGCACGCCCGGCCAGCUGGGCCAGCUGCCGAAGGGCGUGUUCCUUAUGCAGGACGACGCGGUGAUGAGCGUCAAGACGGAGCCGGAGGCCAAACAGGACGAAUGAGAGGCGCGCCGUGCGGGGCGCUGCGUCAAGACGGAGCCGGAGGCCAAGCGGGACGAGUGAGCCGUGCGGGGCGCUGCGUCAAGAAGGAGCCGGAGGCCAGGCGGGACGAGUGAGCCGUGCGGGACGCUGCGUCAAGACGGAGCCGGAGGCCAGGCGGGACGAGUGAGCCGUGCGGGACGCUGCGUCCCGCCAGAUCACCUGUCGGCCGGUAUACCGCCCGUCUCCAGCACCACCGGCCACUGAAGUGUGGAUACACGCCCGUCUGGCCGAAGCCGGGUCACAGACUGAGGCGCCUGGGACGCCUGUGCCCGUUUCUGUCCCUCCACUGGCGUGGACCGACUGUGUCGGCGCAAGCAGACGCCGUUCAGACAUGACGGGAUCUUUUUUAUGAAGCGAGUGCUAGCGUGUUGUCAUGAUCACCUGGUUGUUGGCACGUGUCGGCCCGGAGCAGCGUGGUCGGGGUUGUAGCGUGCGAGCUCGGAGUGCGACGCGCCGCCGUUGUACGCGAUCUCUAGGACGGAUGCGGCGUGCUUGCCGCCCGAGCGGUCCAUUCGCACCACACCGAGGCGUGUUUGCCAGAUUGCUGAGGCGUCGCACAGCCCUUGAUCACAGUGUCUCGCAGAAUACACUGGCGAUAUGGCGUUUC